CAGGAUCUCAUUCUCGCCUAUGCUGGAGUGCAGUGGUGUGAUCAUGGCUCACUGCAGCCUCCACCUCUCAGGCUCAUAUGAUCCUCCUGCCUCAGCCUCCUGAGUAGCUGGGACAACAGACAUGUACCACCAUGCCCAGCUAAUAGGGACUGGAUCUUAUGUAUGAACCUUUGUAACUCUCAAGCCACUUGAUAGCCCUCAGUAACUAUUAUUGGCCAAAUUUGUCCUCUUUGGCAGAGCACCUAGCAGGGACUCAAUACAUCCCUAAUCAGUUGCUCAUCUGAGGCACAGAAAGGUUAAAAGUGAUGCAACCAGGACCUGCUGACAAAUCCCCAUGGCUCCAGCACCAGGCCUGUCUACCUCCUGAACCUCUGACCUACUGCUGCUCAUCCAUAUCUAUCUCCUGAGACCUCGAGACAUGAAUCCUCCUUGGAGCCUCCUGUAAAGGCUUAUUUGCCUAAAACCUGCCCAGGAGUCUUAAUGUCCCCAUCCCGUUUUAAUAGAUGAACACUUUGCUUUUGGAAACUUUCUGUUCCUUGGACAUUGAUGGUCAUAUUGCUUCUGGAAUCAUUACAGUGUGCCUUCACCAAAAGCAGAACUGGAAACAUCCUAAGUGGGCUGGUAACGAGGCUAGCUCUGUCAACUAGUUCAAGACCCCUGAGAGCUUUGGGCCUGAGGUUCCUCAGCUUCCAAGUGAAAGGCUUCGACUUGGCAUUCUGGGAGACAAUCUCUGUGACCAUCAGUUUCCUCAUCUGGAAAACUGGCAUCAUGAUAACUUUGAAGGUUUUAUUCUGGGCAUAUAUAUGUUUGGAGGUGUGUGUAUGUUUGGGGAACCUUUGAAUUUGGAAGUACCAAGCUCUAUAAGGAACGACCCAGGCCAGAAACCUGCCAAAUCCUGUCCAGUACUAUGAUCUACAAAACGGAUCUGCCUCAGGAAAGCCAGGGAAGGUGGGGCUGGAUGGAGUGUGUUCCAGCUGGAACAUCUGCUCUGGGCCAGGCACAGUGGGGAAAGCCAAGGUGGAUUCACUAUGGCCCUGCUCUCAUGAUUGGGAUGCACCCACUGGGCCUAUGUAAUAACAAUGACGAAGAGGACUUGUAUGAAUAUGGCUGGGUAGGAGUGGUGAAGCUGGAACAGCCAGAAUUGGACCCGAAACCAUGCCUCACUGUCCUAGGCAAGGCCAAGCGAGCAGUACAACGGGGAGCUACUGCAGUCAUCUUUGAUGUGUCUGAAAACCCAGAAGCUAUUGACCAGCUGAACCAGGGCUCUGAAGACCCUCUCAAGAGGCCGGUGGUGUACGUGAAGGGUGCAGAUGCCAUUAAGCUGAUGAACAUCGUCAACAAGCAGAAAGUGGCUCGAGCAAGGAUCCAGCACCGCCCUCCUCGACAACCCACUGAAUACUUUGACAUGGGGAUUUUCCUGGCUUUCUUCGUCGUGGUCUCCUUGGUCUGCCUCAUCCUCCUUGUCAAAAUCAAGCUGAAGCAGCGACGCAGUCAGAAUUCCAUGAACAGACUGGCCGUGCAGGCUCUGGAGAAGAUGGAAACUAGAAAGUUCAACUCCAAGAGCAAGGGGCGCCGGGAGGGGAGCUGUGGGGCCCUGGACACGCUCAGCAGCAGCUCCACGUCCGACUGUGCCAUCUGUCUGGAGAAGUACAUUGAUGGAGAGGAGCUGCGGGUCAUCCCCUGUACUCACCGGUUUCACAGGAAGUGCGUGGACCCCUGGCUGCUGCAGCACCACACCUGCCCCCACUGUCGGCACAACAUCAUAGAACAAAAGGGAAACCCAAGCGCGGUGUGUGUGGAGACCAGCAACCUCUCACGUGGUCGGCAGCAGAGGGUGACCCUGCCGGUGCAUUACCCCGGCCGCGUGCACAGGACCAACGCCAUCCCAGCCUACCCUACAAGGACAAGCAUGGACUCCCACGGCAACCCCGUCACCUUGCUGACCGUGGACCGGCACGGGGAGCAGAGCCUCUAUUCCCCGCAGACCCCCGCCUACAUCCGCAGCUACCCACCCCUCCACCUGGACCACAGCCUGGCCGCUCACCGCUGCGGCCUGGAGCACCGGGCCUACUCCCCAGCCCACCCCUUCCGCAGGCCCAAGUUGAGCGGCCGCAGCUUCUCCAAGGCAGCUUGCUUCUCCCAGUAUGAGACCAUGUACCAGCACUACUACUUCCAGGGCCUCAGCUACCCGGAGCAGGAGGGGCAGUCCCCACCUAGCCUCGCGCCCCGGGGCCCGGCCCGUGCCUUUCCUCCGAGCGGCAGUGGCAGCCUGCUCUUCCCCACCGUGGUGCACGUGGCCCCGCCCUCCCACCUGGAGAGCGGCAGCACGUCCAGCUUCAGCUGCUAUCACGGCCACCGCUCGGUGUGCAGUGGCUACCUGGCCGACUGCCCGGGCAGCGACAGCAGCAGCAGCAGCAGCUCCGGCCAGUGCCACUGUUCCUCCAGUGACUCUGUGGUAGACUGCACUGAGGUCAGCAACCAGGGCGUGUACGGGAGCUGCUCCACCUUCCGCAGCUCCCUCAGCAGCGACUAUGACCCCUUCAUCUACCGCAGCCGGAGCCCCUGUCGUGCCAGUGAGGCGGGGGGCUCGGGCCGGGGACCUGCCCUGUGCUUCGAAGGCUCCCCGCCUCCCGAGGAGCUCCCGGCGGUGCACAGUCAUGGUGCUGGACGGAGCGAGCCUUGGCCGGGCCCUGCCUCUCCCUCGGGGGAUCAGGUGUCCACCUGCAGCCUGGAGAUGAACUACAGCAGCAACUCCUCCCUGGAGCACAGAGGGCCCAAUAGCUCUACCUCAGAAGUGGGGCUCGAGGCUUCUCCUGGGGCCGCCCCUGACCUCAGGAGGACCUGGAAGGGGGGCCACGAGUUGCCGUCAUGUGCCUGCUGCUGCGAGCCUCAGCCCUCCCCACCCGGGCCUAACGCUGGAGCAGCUGGCAGCAGCACCUUGUUCCUGGGGCCCCACCUCUACGAGGGCUCUGGCCCGGCAGGUGGGGAGCCCCAGUCAGGAAGCUCCCAGGGCCUGUACAGCCUUCACCUCGACCAUUUGCCCAGGACAGAUGGGGUGAAAUACGAGGGCCUGCCCUGCUGCUUCUAUGAAGAGAAGCAGGUGGCCCGCGGGGGCGGAGGGGGCAGCGGCUGCUACACUGAGGACUACUCGGUGAGUGUGCAGUACACGCUCACCGAGGAGCCCCCGCCCGGCUGCUACCCCGGGGCCCGGGACCUGAGCCAGCGCAUCCCCAUCAUUCCAGAGGAUGUGGACUGUGACCUGGGCCUGCCCUCGGACUGCCAAGGGACCCACAGCCUCGGCUCCUGGGGUGGGACGCGGGGCCCGGACACCCCACGGCCCCACAGGGGCCUGGGAGCAACCCGGGAAGAGGAGCGGGCUCUGUGCUGCCAGGCUAGGGCCCUGCUGCGGCCUGGCUUCCCUCCGGAGGAGGCGGGUACUGCCAGGGCCAGCUUCCCUAGUGCCCUCCAGGACACUCAGGAGUCCAAUGCCACGGCCACUGAGGCUGCAGGACCGAGAUCUCACUCAGCAGACAGCAGCAGCACAGGAGCCUGAGCUCAGGAGGAACUCUUACCUGGAAAUUGGGAACUGUAUGGAGACUCCAAACUGACUUCUUUCAAAAAACAAAAAAAAAUUUUUUAGCUUUGACAAACACACAAAAGUGGUAAUAAAGAGAGCCCUCCUUGUCAACCCAAAAUGUGAGCCCACUGUGGCAAAACCACCCCCUAACCCAUUAACAAAUCAACAGACAAAAUUCUCCGAGUCCUUUGCCUCUUUUGAUAACAUGUUGUUGUUCUGUUUUGUAAAGUGUGUGUGCUUGGGGUUCCGAGGUGUGGGAUUGAGUUCUCUGCUUUGUUUUUUUUUAAGAUAUUGUAUGUAAAUGUAAAAUGUUAUUUAAAUAUAUAUUUUAAAGAACCCUAACCGCCAACUUUUGCUGAAAAAGAAAAAAAAAAAAUCACUGCUGCAUUAAAUGAACCACAUCAUGUGUAGAUACUGUUGUCUCCCUGAAGGGAGCUCAGGCCUUUGAAAAGCUCAGGGCUUCACCUGCCUUAGAAAAUGAACCAGAAACUUGAAGUAAAGCUAGUUGAUAGGGGUACAGGCUCUGAGGAGCAGUGCAAAGCUGCCUCUUUCUUUCUCGUGGCAAAUCCCAAUGUACACGAUUUCAGGUCUCAGACGCCAUGCCUCUCCAGCCCAUGCCUUUAGGCAGGUGAUGGCAGCAGCUAGGAAUAGGGUGUACAUGAUCCGCAGCCCUGCGGAGCCAGGUCAAGCCGCUGCUAUGAAAGCUCCAGGGUGACGGGGACGAUUCUGCCCAGUGUCCUCAAUCUGUCCCCUCAGGUCAUGGUCCCAAGUGAAAUGACAGAGUCCACAGCCCUGGUCUUGGCUGAGGUCCAGGUCAUAGUAAGGGCAUGUUCUUGGGGCCCUCGACCUGAACUCUGACCCUCGGGGCAGGGAAGAGGAGGUUGUCCCCUUUGGUUGUCCUGGCUUUGGAGUCCUUUGCAAAAAUAUUUUGGGCCCCCUGCCACUGGCUGCAGAAAUGGCUCGACGGGGUGUGUGGGGACAGACACCCAGAAGGAAUGUACUUUUGUGGCCUUGGUGUCCGAUAGGGCUGGGGGAGAGUGCUCUCCACUGACCCAGCAGCACACCGAUGUGCAGUGCGCAUGCAUCUGUGCAUCUGUGUAGGGACAGCCACACCCCUUGGCUGCUGCUUCCUUGGGCUGCCUUUCUGGGGGCGUGUGCCUGGACCUACGAGGUCUGCACUGAGCUCCAUUUGAAUGAUACCUUUCCUAUCCCAUUUCCCCACGGAAGCACCGCUUCAGGGUUAUUCAGUCCUCUGCCUCAUGGCUGAAAUUGCUCAUCUCGUCUGCAGAUGUCUACUAUCCUGUCUACCUAAUGCACUAUUAUGUAUUGAUUCUCCAUGAGACAGAGAGAGAGAGAGACUAUCAGAUAGUUUACACCCAAAGGGUAGGUUUUUGUAUAUUUUUCCAGCCUUUUUUAUUAAGGGGAAGGGGAGAGUUUAAAAACCCAAACCGUUGUGGUUUUAAGGUGUUUCAUUUUUAAAAGGGAGAGAGAAUCUAUUUAAAGCUAUUUCAGAUCAGGGAUUGUCAUCCUUUUUUGUCCAAUGUAUUCCUUGUUCUUUAAAAAAAAUUUUUUUAGAGGAAACUAAUAUUAGUCCUUGUGUUCACUAACUCUUCUGGUCACUUGUAUUUAUUUAUUCAUUCAUUCAUCAGAUAUUUGUUAGCAUCUGAAAGAACUGGCCCAUUGGGUCUGAAAGCUCACUUGAGAAUAGGAAACUUGAGACCUGGCCCCCUGUGGGUAGGAGAACAAGGACCACCUGGGUUGCCAGGUGAUUCUCCAGUCUUGAACAAGUCUCCACCUGGGUUCUCCAUUCUUGAACGCGAAUCUCACUCUUAUCAGAAUGUUUUUCUUAACCUCAGCGUAUGAUGAGGAAAUGUACUUAUCUGUAGCUAGGAUUUGACGAAUUCCAACAUCAAAUGAUCAAAACAUUUGCCAUUGAGGCUUCACUGGUGAGAUCCAUGCUCCAUCCUCGGGUGCAGUCCCUUGGGGGCUGCUCCUCGGACUGCGCCCCGCACACCUGUUAUCGAGGGUGUGAGAAGCGCCUAAGCUGUUGACAUGUGAUCUGGGACGCCUUCAUUUCUCAGGCCAGGAGUAGCAGCUGCUAAGGACAGCAGCUUGCAUUGCAUGGUUUUAGGGAAGCGGGGUCUGGCUUUUAAUAUGAACUGCAAAAAGCAGCUUCUCACUGAGAUUUUUUUGUUGUUUGUGGGGGGUUUUUUGUUUUGUUUUGUUUUUAAUGCCUUUGAGUGCAUAUUUUCUUCCUCGUCUGAAACCGAACUCCCAAAGUGGCUUUCUUUAGCCCUGGCUGGAAAACCACCUCUCAAUAGCCUUAAGCAAUAAAUAGAUGAGUAGAGAAUGUGGCUUCCACUGGGCUUAUUAAAAUAAGUGUGUCUAGUUUUCACUUGAACAAGUGAUAGCCGCAGAUGGCAAAAGAAACCCAUUUAAUUUUUGUAGCUUACAGGUGGCAGAAACAAAAAUGCAAUUUUAAAACCAAAUCCCAACCAUUGUCUUUUUUUUUUUUUUUUUUUUGAGAUGGAGUUUCGCUCUUCACCCAGGCUGGAGUGCAAUGGCGCGAUCUCAGUUCACUGCAACCUCUGCCUCCUAGGUCCAAGUGAUUAUUCUGCCUCAGCCUCCCAAGUAGCUGGGAUUACAGGCAUGCGCCACCACACCCGGCUAAUUUUGUAUUUUUGGUAGAGAUGGGGUUUCUCCACGUUGGUCAGGCUGGUCUUGAAUUCCCGACCUCAGGUGAUCUGCCCACCUCGGCCUCCCAAAGUGCUGGGAUUACAGGCGUGAGCCACCGUGCCCGCCCAGCAAUACCAACCAUUGUCUUUUAAAUUUGUGUUGGCUUCUCAGACAGGGAGAUCACUGGAAUAAAAUAACCAAUGGUCUUAUUUUGUCACACGUAAAUCAAAAGAAAUGUCCUCUUUGAAGUUGUAAGACUCCACCAAUGACAGACACCCUUUUCGGUGCACUCUGAGUGGUGUGUGGUGGUUUUAUAGCCAUGGAAACUAGGAGUAUCUCACUUUCCACUGAGAACCCCUGCCCCCAAUCCCUCUAAAUUGGGGUGUGGCAGUUGGGCAGGGUCAAGUGACCCAGCCCUGGGUGUAGGACAGCCAUAUACAGUGAAGAGUUCUAGAACCAGCUAAAAAUGGAAGUUUGGGUGUUUACCAACAAGGUACCUCUUUAUGGAUGCAGCCCCAGUAAGCUGGCUUUAACUCUCAGCUCCUUCCCCGUCUCCUCCUAAUCCAAGCCCUUUUAUAAAAUAAAGCCCCAUCUGUCCCACUGCUCACAUACUUAUGUGCUGCUAGUCUCUACUCGAAGUUCGUGCAGGACUAAUGCUUUUAAAAUGAGUUCUAAAAAAUAAUUACUAAUCGAGAAUAUUAUUCUUUAAACAGAACUGCCUUUUUCUACUCUUUGUGUAAACUCUUUCUAUUGUGUUGGUCUAACGAGGCACUAUUUUAAAAUUUUUUAAUUUUUCCCAUAGCACUUAAAAGAGAUUUUGUAAAGACUUUGCUGUAAAGAUUUUGUAAUAAAAUGGUCUAAGGGCUCUUUUUCCAACAUUACCAUUUUUAAAAAAUGUUUUAAAAGCUAGAAAACAACUUAUGUAUAUUCUGUAUAUGUAUAGCAGCACAUUUCAUUUAUGGAAAUAUGUUCUCAGAAUAUUUAUUUACUAAUAUAUUUAUCUUAAGCCAUGUUUUAUGUUGAGAGUGUGACAUUGUUGGAAUAAUCAUUGAAAAUGACUAACACAAGACCCUGUAAAUACAUGAUAAUUGCACACAGAUUUUACAUAUUUGCAGACCAAAAAUGAUUUAAAACAAGUUGUAGUCUUCUAUGGUUUUGUAACAAAUUGUACAAAUGACUGUAAAAAAAAUACAAUUUUAUCAAGUA